CGUCCUCUCUGUACACUCGUUAUCUGAGUAGGUCUGUUGCUCUGACAGCGCUGAAACAUUCAGUACACAAACGACGUUUAUUGGCAACACAGUGGCUACGUUGUCUUCUACCUAAGAUCUACUACCAAUGUGUUCGUUAAGGGGAUUCAUGGAUAACCGACUGCCAUCUGCAAAGGUCCCCUCAAUGAAGUUAUGAAGAGGAACAGCCCAACACACGUCCCUCCGGACAGAGGAGGAGAAAGCCAUGAUGCUCCCUCACCUCAGACAGCUCGCAAUCCUGGAGCAGAAUCACCAGCUGUCUCUGUUACUGGCGCUACAGGUCAAAGCAAGGUUGAAAAUCUUGAGGCAACAGGACUGAAGAAUACCAGAUGUCAAGUACAAGCUGGCGUCAUUCAUGGAGAUGUCCACGUCCACAGCAGUUCCCCCCCAGCAGAUAAGGGGCGACACGAUCGUUAUGAGGCUCACCAUGGAGAUGUAGUCCCGUAUUUAUUGGAAGAAAAAGUUACGAGGAUGAAGCGCGGAGAAAUAACUGAAACUGUUGAACGAAAAUACUACUACAACUUUUCUGAAUACAACCACACACGAAAGACAACUUGGAUCUGUUCUGCGAUGGGGGAAAUUGUGUUACUGUUAACAAGAGAUAUAGUAGUCACACCACUCAACAACCUGCUGAACUUGGUCAGACGCACCUAUAAUACUGACUUGGAAAGUGUGGAAGACGGAAGUUUGAUAUUUGUAUUUAUGCACGAAACUGAAGAAGAUGCUCUGAGGAUGAUGAAGGACCAAACACAAGUCAAGCCUAUGCUUCUUGAAUUUAUUCACACAAUGAAUACCAGUGUCAGAGAUAUCGAAAUAAAUGUUGAAAUGCGAAAAACAAAUCAAUCAACAAAUCCAGUUGAAUCAGAAUAUGACGAUCUUCACAUAGACAGUGUGACUGGACUAAAGCAUCGUGAAGUUGUUGAUGCCAUGCAACACCAGAUAACAGACUUGGAGCGAAAAGUUAAAGAGCUCGAAAAAAAUGCAGAAGCAGAAACCAGGAUGAUGCUUUGGAUGCGAUCUGACGCCCCUUCCCUGUCUGAAACCAGCGGACACUAUUCAGGCGAAGGCGAUACGGAGUCGGUUUCAGACGCAGUUUCAGAAGGUGGACACAGGUCGGACACAGAAGGGAAGAUGCCUCACCUAACGUCCAAGUGGGAGAUACAAGAGGGCAACAUGAAGCUGAUCUACUAUGACAGGAACCACAUGCUGAAUGAGGCUUGUCGGGAGGGAAAGUUAGAGAUAGUAAAGAACAUUUUGUCAACUGGUUCUGCAGAUAUAAAUAACAAAUCCCAGGGUGGCUGGACACCUGUGCUUCUUGCAGCCAAUACAGGUCGAAAAGACAUAUUUGAUGUGUUGGUGAAGAAAGGGUGCAAUCUCUCAGCAGUGUUAGACAACGGCAACAAUAUCCUUCAUGUGUCAUGUUUAAGUGGUAAUACUGAUAUCACAGAAUAUCUUACAGCAGUAGUCAGUAUUGACAGUAAAGGCAUGUAUGGCAGAACAGCUGUGAUGAAGGCGGCGGCUGUGGGCAAUAAAAACGUGUUCGAUCUCCUGGUGGGUAAAGGAUGUGACCUGUCAGCAGUGGAUGAUGGAGGUUACAACAUCCUUCAUCUUGCCUGUUUUAGUGACAAUGUGUACAUUGUCGAGCAUCUCAUCACACACAAGAUAGCUGACAUAGAGAGCCGAGGCAAUUUUGGGAGAACGCCGGUGAUGUGUGCAUCAUGGGUGGGUCGGCAGAAGGUGUUCGAUCUCCUGGUGGGUAAAGGAUGUGACCUGUCAGCAGUGGAUGAUGACGGUAACAACAUCCUUCACAUUGCCUGUUUUGGUGGCAAUGUGUACAUUGUCGAAUAUCUCAUCACACACAACACAGCUGACAUAGAAAGCCGAGGCAACUUUGGGACAACACCGGUGAUGGCAGCAGCAGAGAAGGGUCAGCAGAAGGUGUUUGAUCUCCUGGUGGGUAAAGGAUGUAACCUUUCAGCAGUAGAUGGUAAAGGUAACAACAUCCUUCACUUUGCCUCUUUUAGUGACAAUGUACACAUUGUCGAGUAUCUCAUCACACACAAGAUAGCUGACAUAGAGAGCCGAGGCGAGGUAGGGAGAACACCGGUGAUGUUUGCAGCAGAGAAGGGUAAACAGCAGGUGUUCUAUCUCCUGGUUGGUAAAGGAUGUAACCUGUCAGCAGUGGAUGAUGGAGGUGACAACAUCCUUCACCUUGCCUGUUUUAGUGACAAUGUGCACAUUGUCGAUUAUCUCAUCACCCACAACACAGCUGACAUAGAGAGCCGAGGCCGGUUUGGGAGAACACCGGUGCUGUUUGCAGCAGAGACGGGUAAACAGCAGGUGUUCGAUCUCCUGGUUGGUAAAGGAUGUAACCUGUCAGCAGUGGAUGAUGACAGUAACAACAUCCUUCACCUUGCCUGUUUUAGUGGCAAUGUACACAUUGUCGAGUAUCUCAUCACACACAACAUAGCUGACAAAGAGAGCCGAGGCCAGGUAGGGAGAACACCGGUGCUGUUUGCAGCAGAGAAGGGUCAGCAGAGGGUGUUCGAUCUCCUGGUGGGUAAAGGAUGUGACCUGUCAGCAGUGGAUGAUGGAGGUAACAACAUACUUCACCUUGCCUGUGUUAGUGGCAAUGUGCACAUUGUCGGGUAUCUCAUCACACACAAGGUAGCUGACAUAGAGAGCCGAGGCCGGUUUGGGAGAACACCGGUGAUGACUGCAGCAGAGAUGGGUAAUCAAAAGGUUUUCGAUCUCCUGGUGGGUAAAGGAUGUAGUCUGUCAGCAGUGGAUGAUGACGGUAACAACACCCUUCACCAUGCUGCAUACGCAGGGACAGUAGGAAUUGUAAACCGACUUCUCUCAGAGUCAGCUGUAGAAGUAUCUGCCACAAACAACAGAGGUGAAACGCCAUUGCAGAUUGCACUGAGAUACAACCAAGGCGCUAUAGUGAAGAUUCUUAGAGCUAGAUCUGACACGCUGCUUUGAGUUUGGAGAACUAUUCAGGGCCAUAUUAAGGGGCUGAUGUCGGAUUGUCUCUGGAAGUGUUCAUCAUUCAGAGCCGUCUGUGAUAAAUGUUUGUACAAAGAUAAAUGUCAUUUUUACCUCAAUGUAUUUAUAGUUCAUGUA